AUGUACCCCAACGAAUCAUAGAAAAAUCAAAGCAGACUCUUGAUUAGUAGCUUAGUAGCCAUUCAACCAGCAGCCAGGCAGAUAGACACGCCGUCGAAAAAACGUACACAAAACUGGAAACAAAUUUCAAUGAACAUCGAACGACACAUUAAUUUAGUGCUCUGUCUGCUGACAGCACUCCGUGUAUCCAAAGGCCACAACAUAGGGGGCAUCAUCAGCAGCAGCAACGGCCUCCACGGCAACGACAGCCUGGAGACGCUGCCCGAGGUGCAUGGCAGCAAGUUCUUCUACUUUGGAUUCGGCAGCAACAUGCUGGCCGAGAGGAUACACAUACAGAACCCCACUGCCGAGAGGAUAGGAGCAGCCCUCCUGGCCGACUAUCGCCUGGACUUUGCGCGUGAGGGACCGCGCUGGAGGGGAGCUGUGGGGACAAUCGUGCCAACGCCGGGGGAUCACACGUGGGGCGCUCUCUGGGAGAUCGAUGUCAGCAAUCUGGAUGACAUAGACAACCAGGAGGGCGUUCAUCUGGGCAUCUAUGAGGCACUCACUGUAUACGUAAAGCUCCAGAAUGAGGAGACUGCCACCGCGGCCCGUGCCUAUAUGCUGACCAAGGCCCACCAGCCGGAGAGCAAUCUGUACCACAUGAAUCGCGAUGAAGUGCCCCAAGACCGGCAGCCGUCAAAGACCUAUCUCCAGUGCCUGAUCAAGGGCGCCAUAGAGAGCUCGAUACCCGAAGAGUAUGUCGUCCGAUUGCGCUCAAUCAAACAUAACGGCAGGGUGGCCAGCAAUCUGGAGGAGAGGCUGGGAUUGCAAGAUGUUUUCCUUCCAUAAUUCUAAAAUAUAGCUGCGAUACCUACAGCGUACCUGUAGCUACU